AUGGAUAAGAGUGCCUUGCAAAUAGCUGGACUAGUCUUGUGCGGAAUCGGCCUGGUUGGGACAUGUGCCGUGACGGGCAUGCCACAGUGGCGGGUGACCGCUUUCAUCGGGAACAACAUCGUCGUCUUUGAGACUCUCUGGGAAGGCCUGUGGAUGAACUGCUACAGACAGGUUAACAUAAGGAUGCAGUGCAAACAGUACGACUCUCUGCUUGCCCUGACUCCCGACUUGCAAGCAGGAAGAGCGCUGAUGUGCAUUGCGAUCUGUCUGUCCUUUAUGUCCUUCCUUGUCGCCAUCAUCGGCAUGAAGUGCACGAACUGCGGUCAAGACAAUGAGCGGACCAAAGGGAUUAUCCUAUUAAUAUCUGGAAUCAGCUUCAUCAUUUCUGGCAUCAUCGUUCUGAUCCCAGUAUCGUGGACGGCCAACAGUAUCAUCAGAGACUUCUACAACCCUCUUGUCAACCAAUCUCAGAAGAGAGAGUUGGGGGACGCCCUUUAUCUCGGCUGGGCAACAGCUCUUGUUCUUGUCACAGGGGGUAUCAUCUUGUGCUGCUUUUGCUCCCCAAAGGAGACAAAAUAUAAUUACAGUCUGCCUGAAAAAAACCAUGUCUAG